UGAGCACGCGCGCGCGCGUUUGUGCGCGUGUUCGUUUGUGUGCGCGCGCUUUGAAAGCCUGGAAUUUUCAAAUGCAUUCUGGAAUUUAUAGGUUCUUUCCUGCUCUGCUCUGCUCCACAUAGAUUAUCUCCUCACUAUCCCAGAACUUUUCUUCCUUUAAGAAUGGCGAUGGAUAGCGUGAGCUACUGGAAGGUUUUGAUAGUGGUGUUGAAAUAGUUAAUAUUGUCGAUGUACUUUUUCUCUGUUACUAUAGGCUGUCGGAUUUUUUUUUUAACCAAGUGUUUUUAGCUUUUUUAUAUUCUAGUUUGUUUCUUCUCCAUCGGUGGUGGUGUUUUAGAUCCUCAACUAGAUAAGAAUGGUUCGGAACAGCCCACCACACAUACCUUAGGUAGAUAGAUAUCCAGGAGGCACCUCCUUGGCACCGGAUCAGCUAAUGAGGUUCACUUUGCACAGAACAACCUCAAGGUUUUUGGAUGGAAGGAACUUAAAGGAAUUAGUAUUUUUCUACCCUCUACCACCACUCCCGGUCAACUUUUUCCCCAGCCUCAGUUUUCUGGGAGAACACGACAGCCUGACUACAGGAAUUUGGAAGUAAAAUCUUAUGCAACAUAAAUAGUUUCCUGGCUUCUCUAAGCUUGGUGUGUGCCUUGCCUAGUUUCACUUGAUACUCUUCAGGAAUUAUGUAGAAAAGAAAAACUCACAUGUAAAUCGAUUGGAAUCACCAAAAGGAAUCUAAACAAUUAUGAGGUGGAAUACUUGUGUGACUACAAGGUAGAAAAGGUGGAAUGACAGAGAAAGAAGGGAGAGACAAUCUAUCUUCUGGUUCACUCCCCAAGUGACUGUAACAGCCAGGCCUGGGCCAGGUGGAAGAUGGGCGUUAGGGAGACAUUCUGGUUUCCCACAAAGGAUAUGGAAUAUUAUCUUGUAAAAUGGAAAGGAUGGCCAGAUUCUACAAAUACUUGGGAACCUUUGCAAAAUCUCAAGUGCCCAUUACUGCUCCAGCAGUUCUCUAAUGACAAGCAUAAUUAUUUAUCUCAGGUAAAGAAAUGCAAAGCAAUAAUUCCAAAAUACAAUAACAAAGCUUUGAAACCUGCUGUUGCUGAGUACAUUGUAAAGAAGGCUAAACAGAGGAUAGCUCUGCAGAGAUGGCAAGAUGAACUCAACAGAAGAAAGAAUCAUAAAGGAAUGAUAUUUGUUGAAAAUACUGUUGACUUAGAGGGCCCACCUUCUGACUUCUACUACAUCAAUGAAUACAAACCAGCUCCUGGAAUCAGCUUAGUAAAUGAAGCUACUUUUGGUUGUUCAUGCACAGAUUGCUUCUUUGAGAAAUGUUGUCCUGCUGAAGCUGGAGUUCUUUUGGCUUAUAAUAAAAACCAACAAAUUAGAAUCCCACCUGGCACCCCCAUUUAUGAAUGCAACUCGAGGUGCCGAUGUGGACCUGAUUGUCCCAAUAGGAUUGUACAAAAAGGCACACAAUAUUCACUUUGCAUCUUUCGAACUAGCAAUGGCUGUGGCUGGGGUGUAAAAACACUUGUGAAGAUUAAAAGAAUGAGUUUUGUCAUGGAAUAUGUUGGAGAGGUACGUUCAACUUAUCACAUAGCAGAUGAUGUGCAUGUGAUCACAAGUGAAGAAGCUGAAAGACGUGGACAGUUCUAUGACAACAAAGGAAUAACUUAUCUCUUUGAUCUGGACUAUGAAUCUGAUGAAUUCACAGUGGAUGCAGCUCGAUAUGGAAAUGUGUCUCAUUUUGUGAAUCACAGUUGUGACCCAAAUCUUCAGGUGUUCAAUGUUUUCAUUGAUAACCUUGAUACUCGUCUUCCACGAAUAGCAUUAUUUUCUACAAGAACCAUAAAUGCUGGUGAAGAGCUCACUUUUGAUUAUCAAAUGAAAGGUUCUGGAGAUAUAUCUUCAGAUUCUAUUGAUCACAGCCCAGCCAAAAAGAGAGUCAGAACUGUAUGCAAAUGUGGAGCUGCAACUUGCAGAGGUUACCUCAACUGAAUUUUUGGAAAAUAUAGCUGGUGAUAAUUAUAGUUUUGUCUUUCUCAAAUGCUAUCAUUUUUAAAACAUACAUUUGGGACUUUCUUCAUAGUAUUACAGUUGUACCUAUUUUAAUUCACAAUCUAUGUUUCAAGACAUUUGCCAAAUGCAUUAUUGAUCUUUCUGAAGAGAGGGACCCAGGGUCACAUGGAGUAAUGAUAAGUAUCCAUACUUAAUGGCUAGAUACCCCACAUGGCAGACAAACUGUUUUCAGGUCGGCAUAUGCAUACUAAGUCUGUGUAAAUAGAGAAAUGCCUCAACUAUUUGGAAAGUGUUAAACUGAUAAUGUGACAGUUGCCGAAAUCACAUUCAACCUGCCAUACACCUUAAAUUCACAGAGUUAAUUCAGUUUGAGUAAAUAUACAUGUUCUAUUUUUGUUACUAUAUUGUCAUUCCUGUUUAAUAUUCACUGUACUUGUAUUUGAAAUAGAUGAUGCUGAAUUUUAUACUUUUCUACUUUUUCAUUAAAACAUUGGCAUCUUAAUGAUAUAGAAAUGUAAGAUAAAUUAAAUGUAAAAAAUUAAUUCAGCUUGAUUUCAUAUUUUGAAGCAGUUUAUCGCAUUAUGAGGGGAAUAUAUCUUAACCUGUAAUUCUUCAGGAUUUUUUAGUAUUUAUAAGAAAAAUCUCCAAAAAUCCCUCUCUGAAAAGUCUAGAAUGGCUGGCAAUUUUGCUUUGAUGAAAUGACAGGACAGUAGGAUCAGGAGAAUUUUUUAGAGUGCCAGGCAGCAGAAAUGGAGCACUUUAAAGGCACUUCUGAGUUGCUUAAAUUAGAAGAUCCGUGUUAAGUACCUCUGGUCUAAAGAGUAAAACAAGAUACCUGGGGUGCCUUGGUACCUAAUAAUGUAACAUACAUUAACCUGAUGUCCUUUCAAUUUCAGGCUGUUUUAACAUUCCUUUCCACCAAAUUUAUUUUUAUAUUUCCUGAAGGCUUUUCUUAAAAAGUAAACUAUUUUGAACUGA